AAUAACCUUCUAUAUCAACCAGAGUCUUUCAAAGUUGUCUCUCUUCAUCAUCAACCUUUUCAAUUUCAUUCAAGAACAAGCGUCUGCGUCUCUCUUCCUCCUCUGCCUCCUUGUAACUUGGAACACCGAGGAUUUGUAGCAGCAACUAUUACGAUCCAUUCCCAGAUAAUCAAAAGCUUAAUCUUGAGCUAUGAGCACAGCGACGAGGUCUUCUUCCUCAGCAACAACUUCUGUCGUAGUAGAAAACCCUGUUUCUCAAUCACAACCUACGGAAAGAUUAGUGCUUCGGUUGAACCGGAAGAAGAAGAAAGUUUCGUGGAAAGACGGGACUGUGGACAACGAGUUCAUGCAGAAGAAGAGUUCCAAGAAAUGUUGCAUCUUUCACAAACAGAAGCCCUUCGAUGAGGAUGACAGCGAAGAAGAAGAUAACCACCACCAUCACCAUGAUCAUGACCAUGAACACUCUGAAUCUGGGAUGCAAGAUCUAGAUGGAAACUGUAAUUUCUGUCUUGGGGCAGCUGAAAUGCUUUCAUUUAGAUCACAGUUUGGCUGGGAAACAAGAGGUCAAAGAGAUAAAUGGCUGGAUUUGUGUACAAGGAAGAUGGUUUAUAUCAGAUAAUAUCAGCCUGAACUUCAUUGUUUAUGGAACGAAAAGGACAUCUUGGAGACAUAUAUAAUCGUUUCAUUUAUGUCUGCAAUAAGAAGAUUCAUUUCAAGUUUGUUGAUAUUUUUAGCAUUCAUUUCUGUGGGCUUAUUACUGUUCGGAGAACGUUGUGUUUGAUUAUAGUUUGGUAUGGACUCAUUUGACACAAA